GGGCCAAUCAUAGCGCUGAAAACUACCACGCGUCCAAUGUGCGCUUACAUCUCCGGUGGUAGGCGGAGCCACGGCAGAAGGUGCGGCGAGGUGGUCGAACAGCUAUUCGUGGAUGUCAACGAGAAAAAAAAUAUUUAACUUUGAUAUUUCCACUUAAAUCAUCCGCUGAAAAUCUACGAAGACGUGUUACAAGGAUCCAGAAGAGAACCGACACAGCUAAGUGAACGUUUAGGUUAAGUUAGGACGCUGAAUUUGACAUUUUUUCGAGAAAUUUCCAUUUACAUAAGCUGCCUUCUUUCGUUGUGGUGGAGAGGAGAAGCCGUUGUAGGAGCUCGCCAACCUGCAGUAACUUACAGGCUGAUUUAGUGUAAGAAAUUUAAACUCGAGUUUCGACUGUGAGUGUUUAAUUGACGUUGUCGUUUAGUACACGUUUAUUCAUUUUAUAUGUAAUUAUACUUAAGCCUUUUUCCACCAAUCACAAUAACAAGUUAUACAACAGCCAGGCUGCCGCUUUUUCCGCGUCGCAGGUCCUAAAGCUCGCCGGUUUUCCUGCCACGGGGGGCGCAUUCUGAUUUCUGGCCAAAUGUUUCGGCAGCUGUUAGUUUUUGGAUUUUUUGACAUAAUGGAAAAGGUUCUGUUAGAGCAAGGUUAAUUUUUUUAAAACGCAAAGGACUGUUUACUUUUUUUCCAAGUCAAAGGAGCACCCACGGACUUUUUUGUUCAUUUCUUGGUACAUCCGGAUUCUCUGUGGCCUUGUUCUCUGUGUUUUUUUGACGGAUACAAGUGGAAAGACCAACGUUUAUCCGUCCAAUAUAUCACUCAGACUCUUGAACCUUUUAAAAAGCACUCGUCCAGUUGAGUGAUGGUCAUUAAUACAAUCCACUGGUUCAGGAAGGGCUUGCGGCUCCACGACAACCCGUCCCUCAAGGACUCUCUGCAGGGAGCGGACAGCGUCCGCUGCAUUUACAUCCUCGACCCGUGGUUCGCUGGAUCGUCCAACGUUGGGAUCAACAGGUGGAGGUUCCUACUGCAGAGUCUUGAAGACUUGGACUCCAGCCUCCGUAAGCUCAACUCUCGCCUCUUCGUGAUCCGUGGCCAACCCACUGAUGUUUUUCCCAGACUUUUCAAGGAGUGGAAUAUAACUCGUCUGUCUUAUGAGUACGACUCUGAACCUUUUGGCAAGGAGCGAGAUGCUGCCAUUAAAAAGUUGGCCUCUGAGGCUGGAGUGGAGGUGAUAGUUCGCACCUCCCACACCCUCUAUGACUUGGCCAAGAUCAUAGAGUUAAAUGGGGGUCAGUCUCCACUCACAUACAAGCGCUUCCAGACCCUCAUCAGUCGUAUGGAGGCGGUGGAGAUGCCGACAGAGUCCAUCACGGCGGAGGUCAUGGAAAAAUGCACGACUCCAUUGUCCGAUGACCACGAUGACAAGUUUGGAGUUCCUUCCCUGGAGGAGCUCGGUUUUGACACCGAGGGUCUGUCUUCAGCUGUGUGGCCUGGAGGAGAGAGUGAAGCCCUGACCAGACUGGAGAGGCAUUUGGAGAGAAAGGCGUGGGUCGCUAACUUUGAGCGUCCCAGAAUGAAUGCCAACUCUCUGCUGGCCAGUCCCACGGGUCUCAGUCCGUACCUGAGGUUUGGCUGCCUGUCCUGUCGCCUGUUUUACUUCAAACUCACCGAUCUCUACAGAAAGGUGAAGAAGAACAGCUCCCCUCCUCUCUCCCUCUACGGUCAGCUGUUGUGGCGUGAGUUCUUCUACACAGCCGCCACCAACAACCCCUGCUUCGAUAAGAUGGACAGCAACCCCAUCUGUGUUCAGAUCCCCUGGGACCGUAACCCUGAAGCCUUGGCUAAGUGGGCAGAGGGUCGGACCGGUUUCCCGUGGAUCGACGCCAUCAUGACCCAGCUGAGGCAGGAAGGUUGGAUCCACCACUUGGCCCGGCACGCUGUGGCCUGUUUCCUGACCAGAGGAGACCUUUGGAUCAGCUGGGAGGAGGGCAUGAAGGUGUUUGAGGAGCUGUUGCUGGACGCUGACUGGAGCGUGAACGCCGGCAGCUGGAUGUGGCUCUCCUGCAGCUCUUUCUUUCAGCAGUUCUUCCACUGCUACUGCCCUGUGGGCUUCGGCCGACGCACGGACCCCAAUGGAGACUACAUUCGACGUUACCUGCCUAUUCUGCGAGGUUUUCCGGCCAAGUACAUCUACGAUCCAUGGAACGCUCCAGAUAAUGUUCAGAAAGCCGCAAAGUGUGUGAUUGGACUCCAUUAUCCCAAACCCAUGGUUCAACACGCAGAGGCUUCUCGCCUGAACAUCGAGAGGAUGAAACAGAUCUACCAGCAGCUUUCCUGUUACAGAGGCCUGGGUCUUUUGGCCUCAGUUCCCUCCAACACUGGUGGAAACGGUAAUGGCACUGACACAACUGAAACGUCCUCGGAUGUGAUGGCGUACCACGGCGAGGCCAAGCGUGACGCCACAGCUACGACCAGUUAUCAGAUGCCUGGGCAGUCCCAAGCAAAUUGGCAGAGCGGCGCCAUGAUGUACCUGCAGGAGGCGCCACAAAGCAGCACCGUUGCACAUCAGCAGGGUUACGCCGGUACCAGUAGCAGUAGCAGUACUGGUAUGAUGUGUUACCCCCAAGGCACGCAGCGGAUUGCUGCCCCUGUCAUUCAAAAAGCUUCUGAUCAUCACACCUCCCUCAACAAACGACACAUCAAUGACUCUGGGAAUGGAAAAGGAUCCAAAAUCCAGAGACAAAGCACUAACUGAAGAAACAUGACGUAAACUCAACUGAGUUCAGAAGCUCAGACUGAUGUUUGUUUUUGUUUUUUUUGCGUCAAAGUUGCAUGAUCCCACCUGCAGGUGGAGCAAACCAGUGUUGGGUGAAGCCAUCCAGGAGUCAGAGUUUGACUUUGUGAUUUUUAAAUAUGGACUGCAGCACUCAGCUGGUCUGUGAGGUCAUGACCCUCCUGUACAUAACCAAUGGAUUUGCUCAUUUCUGCUCACAUACAAACUUGUACAUAUUUAAUUAUUGUAUGUGUGAUUUUUGUCUUUGUGUAGACCCGCUGCUCCUCCACCUCCCCUCCACUGACCCAUGAAUAUAUAUUUUUGAUAUGACGAAUCAUAUUGAAUACAAAUGUAAAGCAUUUUUAACGUCUGACACAGAGGUGACAAAUGUCUCAUUUCUGGUAACGGUCGUCUGUCGUCACCUCCCAAACAUUCUCCCAUUCCUAACUGUAUCUAUGGACAGACCUGUACUGAGUUUGUGAUAGCUGCCUCUUUCUGUUCCUCACCUCUGUAGCGGUGACCGGAGAUGGUCUUUAAGGAAGGGGAAAAAAAAAGGGUAACAAAGAAUAAAGCGUCCUUUUCACUUCAUGGUGUCCCCACAUGUGUAAUAACUUAAUAGACUGUACCACAGGGGGAGAGAACUGCUUCAUCUGCUUCCUGUUCAUUCUCAUUGUGCUUGUUUUAAUAAAACUGGGUUAAAUAAA